AUGUACUAUGCUCCUUCCAGACCAAUUGAGAUAGAAAAGUUUCCAAAAGGAUAUAUAAAACCAUUUGGAUAAAACUUAGAAUUUCUAUAACGACCACCAGUAGAUAAUCGUAAGAUUUAAGAUUACUACGGAAAGGCUUAAGAUCUACCUGUUCAAUAGGAGAGAUCUUAAAAUAAAGAUAGAAUCUAUACACAAGGAUCUUCUGAAUAACCUUAAUAGCUAUAACAAGAGAAAUAAUAAGAUGAUAAAUAAAAGGAAAACUAAAACCAAAAAGUUGGGUCUAAUAUCGAUCCCUAAAGAAUGAUAUCUCCAGAAAGAUAUUAGAGUGCUCCUUAUACUAAUACUAUACACACUGGUGAUAAUAUUUACAAGCCUUUAAGAGUUCAUCAAAAUUUUACAUAAAGCAUUUUGCAACCUUUGGAGAGUAGAAUAUCUCCUUCAAAUUUAAGGGAACCAAAUUUAGGAUAUGUGCAUAGCUUUAGAGGAUUUUCUUAAGAUUUUUAAGAACCUGGAUUAAGUUUUGUCCCUUAAGAUUUUAGAUGUAUUCCUUCACAAGAACUAGGAUUGCCUCUUUCAGGAUAUAGAAGGAUGGCUCCUCCUGGAAUAUUAAGUGAUUACAGGAGAGGAAUUCCAGAACCAAUUUUAAGUCGAAGAAAUUGCGGGAGAGAUUUAAAAAGAAACUUAUCAUAUAGAGUUUUUCCAGCAACAGAUUAUAGAUAAGGACCUCCAGUAGAUUUUCAUAGACCCCCUCCAAUUUUAAAUGAGAGAAAUGCUUUACCAUUAGACUAUGAAGGAUAUCCAUUUUUUGAUGAUGAUAGAUAGAGAUUUGAUCCUGCAUUAUAAUAAAGAAUGUAUUUUGACCCUCUAGCUGUCCCUACUCCUGAUUAUUAUGUGCCAGAAUAUCGAGGGUUUCCUCCUAUCGGUAUAUAACGAGAUUUAAAUGAGAGAAUCCACUUUAAUCAAAGAUUGCCUUAUUAGAAUGAACUAUAUCCUCCUUCAUAUGGGAGAAUUGACUAGUAGAUAUUUAGAGAGGGAAGAUAAGAUUACUAUUCUGGUAAUAUUUAUUAGCCAUAUGGAGAAUAAAGAACAAAUGAAUUAAAUAGAAGGAUCCAAUAGGUUUGA